AUGAACCAACAACAACCCAAAGCAAUCCUCUUCGACCUCCUCACCGGCCUCCUAAACAGCUGGUUAAUCUGGGACACCGUAAUUCCCACCGCAGAACGCACUGUGACAGACGGCCAAACCUGGCGCAAACAAUACCUCCACCUCGCCUUUUCCUGCGGCCCCUACAAACCCUACGAAGACCUCGUCCACCAAGCCGCCGUGAACGUGGGGCUAUCUCAGACCUGCGCAGCAGCACUCCUAGACCGGUACGAUGAGAUUGGAGAUAAUCCCUGGCCAGAGGUUCCGGAGGUCUUGGCGAGGUUACAAGCGAAGGGGUAUAAACUAGGUGUUGUCACGAAUAUCUCGCAUGAAUUGGGGUUGAGGACGGUGAGGAAUGUUGAGGGGUUAGUGAGGGAGCGGACUGGGGUAAAGGAGUUUGCGUUUGAUGCGGUGGUGACGGCGGAGGAGGCUGGGUAUUAUAAGCCGGAGCAGAAGCCGUAUCGGGAUGGGUUGAGGAAGUUGGGUGUUGGGGCUGAGGAGGCGUUAUUUGUGGCGGGGAGUCCUUCGGAUAUUACGGGGGCGACGAGGGUGGGGAUGAGAGUGGUUUGGAACAAUCAUAUUGGGCUUGCGAGGAGGGAUAAUGCAUUGCCGUUGAAGGAGGGAAAGUCGUUGGACGAGGCGUUAGAGGACUUUCUACAUUGA